AUGGUUUCAUCAACAGAAAUGAUUAAUAUAAUCGAAGGUGAAUAUGAAAUGGAAUCUAUUGAAAUGCUUGAAUGUCGUGUAUGUGGUGGUCCAGCUCAUGGAUAUAAUUUUGAUCAAAUUUCAUGUGACUCUUGUAAAGCAUUUUUUCGACGUAAUGCUCUUCGAUAUAGGAUAUUUACAAUGAAUAAAAAUUUUUAUUCUUCAAACUUAACAUUUGAUGAUUGGUCAUUAAUUAAUAAUAUAAAACAUGCAUAUGAUACAUCAAUUUUUGAUUAUGAUACAAUUCUUAUUAAUAAUUCUUCAUUAAUCGAUUCAACAUUAAAAGAUUUUAUCAAUGAUAAACAACAAAUAUUUCGAAGUUUAAUACAAUUUUAUAAAAAAAUUCCACAUUUUAAACAAAUAAAUCUUGAAGAUCAAAUUCUAUUAAUAAAAUGUAAUAUAUCACAUUUAAUUCAUAUUCAUUAUAUAUUAAAAGAUAAUUUUAUUGAAAAUUCAAAUAUUGAUUUAUAUUUAAAUAAAUGGAUAAAUUCUAAUUUAUAUCAACAAAUGUCAAAAAUACAUUAUUCAUUUAAUUGUUUUAUUCAAUAUCCAAUUAUAUUAAUAAUAGUACUUGUUGCUUUUAUGUUUAUUAUUAAUUUAUCAAGAUUACCUGAUUAUCAAUUAUCAUUGCAACUUAUUGAUAGACAUUUAAUAAGUGAACAUCAUAAUUUCUUUAUAACAUUAUUAUGGAAAUAUUUAAAUGUUAUUUAUGAUAAAAAAGAUGCAAUACAAGCUAUAGAAUUUAUUGUUUUUCAAUUUCUUCGUUAUCAAUUAUUAAUCUAUGAAAUGGGAAGUAUUAUUUUAAAUCAAAUCAAUCCAGAUCAAUUUCAUCCAUUAAUGAAAUCUGUUCUUUGUCUAACUUAA